AUGAUUGAAAAGAAAGUGAUACUUGUUACCUUUUUCAAAGUUGUGGCACAUCAAAAAUGUAGUGUGUACAAUGUUUACAAGGUUGUGCAGACAAGAAAAGGAAGCAUGUUAUUAACAUUGGCGAUGAUAUUUUGUUUCAUUCUUCAACAACUUUACCCAUUUGUAGUACUUGUCAGAGGAGUCUUUGCAUGGGAUCAUUUGUCACCUUCUGACAUUAUUGGAAGCUAUCCCCAUCUGGUUAUAACUGGAACUGGACUUGCUUUUGGAUUCUUAGUGGGUAGAAUGAUUCUAGCCCACCUUUGUGAUGAACCCAAGGGCUUGAAAACUGGAAUGUGCAUGUCACUAUUAUUUCUUCCUCUUGCCAUUGCAAAUGCUCUCACAGCAAGGCUUAACGACGGGGUACCUUUAGUUGAUGAAAGUCUAGUUGUUCUUGGUUAUUGUCUUUUUACUGGUGCUCUGUAUUUGCACUUCGCAACUUCAGUCAUUCAUGAGAUCACCACUGCAUUGGGAAUCUAUUGCUUCAGGAUAACUAGGAAAGAGGCUUAA